UUGGAAACACAUAUGAUAAUCAAUAGAACUGAUACCAAUAAUUGGAAACACAUAUGAGAAUCAAUAAAACAGAACUGAUACCAAUCAUAACAUACACAUAUUAUAAUCAAUAAAACAGAACUGAUACCAAUAAUUCAAUACAUAUAUAAUAAUCAAUAGAACCGAACUGAUACCGAUCCUAUGAUACACACAUAUGAUAAUCAAUAGAACAGAACCAAUACUAAUAAUAAUACAUUACACAGGACAGGGAAGAUCACAUCGAACAUUUUAUAAACAGAAAUCAGACAGCGGGCUGAAUAUUAUAUAACAAUAAUAAAAGGAUAAUAUAGAAUAAUAAAUGAUACAAUAUAACAAUACAGAAUACAAUGCUGUGAAUCAAAGAGCAAUCACCCAGGAGAGGGGAUCACACUCUGGGAGGACACAGACCUCUGUUGGCACAGUGCAGAGAUUUGCACCCAGAUCAGAAACAGAUCUCAUCCCCGAUCACCGAGAAGACCGAUCUGUCCUAAAGAGACCGUCUCCUCCAUCAUUAUUCUACAGGUAGGAGCUUGGACGCCGCCUCAUCAUGGGAGAAGCUCAGGAUUCUUCUUUCCUUCUUGUAAAAAUCUUGGAGGAUUUGGACUCCAAACAAAACUCUGUUUCCUACCAAGACCUCUGUAAGUCUUUAUGUUCCCGCUACGAUCUACCUGAACUGGCGAAGCUGCGCAGCCUCCUAUAUUACACGGCGUGCCAGGACCCAAGCUUUCCCGCAAGCCUCUUCCGAGACAAGAUGAGAAACGCCGCGGACAAUCAACAGUCUAAAAAAAUCAUUGCGGCGGCUGAUAUAGUCACCAUAUUCAACCUGAUCCAAAUGAACGACGGGGCUGCCAAAGAGAAAAUCCCGAUUCAACAGCAGACUCAAGAGAAGGAGGCAAUAGAGUCCGAUAAUGACGUUUUCGCGGGGACAGAUAUCGCGCCUCACAAGGAAACGCAGAAAAGGGAUACCAGCCGGAGCUACUCUAUCACCAGGUCCUCCAGCUGCCACAAGGAAGAAUGCGAGGGACGUCAUACAUUCCUCCCCGAACCAAAUUUUCUCCUUGGCGUUAAAGAAGAGGGCGAAGGGCGAGCUGGAUCGCUUGAUCGAUUGCAGGCCUUGGACUCUUACGGCAUGGUAUCUCCUCAGUCUUGUGAAAUGCAAAGCACCUAUUUCCCUAGCCAGCCGUUAUCUGAGCCGGAAUCACUGCCGCCUACGCCCAGUGAGGAACCUUUUAGACUUUCAGCCUCUACUGGCCAGAGAAGAAAUGUUUUUAAAGACGAUUUCCACAGCAUGGUUAGAAUGUCUCCCAACCUCACCAUGAAAAAGAACGAAGGAAAGAUAAGUCCCAAGACGGUUUUCUUCAAUCACAGUUUUGAGAUGCCUUACAGCUCUCACUAUCUCAAUACGGCUUAUUCUUCUUCCGAAGACUUUCGCCGAUCAAAGCACGAAAGCUUAGACGAUCUUCAGGCGUCCACCUACUUUGGCCCAACAACCGGGCCUGGACUUUUGCACGAGCAAAAAAGAUUUGCAAGCAAGCCAAAACCGCUCAUAGGGAAGCCAGUAAAAAGCUGGAGUCUAAACACCGAGGAGGUGCCAGAUUUCGAACGCUCGUUUUUCAAUCGAAAAGAAGAGAAUCUGUGUUAUCCCAGCACCGGCUUGGUGCAGACGACUAAUUUUGUUUCGAUGCCGGAGCGUCAUCAUUCCUAUCUACCAGAUCUGGCGUUGAAAAAUAAUGGGAAAAAGUUUUGUGAGCCUCAAGAUGUGGAAAAGCAGGAGGCCCUAAGGAGGUUCAGAGAGAAGACUACCAAACCGCCGUCCUGCCAGUACAGCACCGAGAAGACGGAGAGUGUUGGUACACAGACAGAGCAGGCGGAAGCAAAAAAGGGAAAAGAAUCAAACAUCCCCUCUAACUGUAGUCGUUUUAUGGAAGGUAGAGCCAGGAACCAAUCUGAGGCAGAUUCUGAAAUUAUAAGCGACGAUAUAAGUGACAUAUUCCGAUUCUUGGAUGAUAUGAGCCUCUGUGGGUCUUCUGGUAUACCACAAUCCUCCUGCUAUAACAGUAGCGGUUCCCUCGCCCAGGUUUCACGAGCAGACAAUGAAAGUUCUCCAGAACACGUAGCCAACAGGUCUAACACCAAACCAACCAAGGGCCCGCGGUCUGAGACGGUGGAGGAAGAAGAGCUAAAAAGCAGCGUCAGAAAACUAGUUAGAAGGAUUGGGGAGAUCGAGAAGAAGUUAGAGUCCCUGUCAGGUGUCCGGGAUGAGGUGUCUCAGGUGCUGGCCAAGCUUAACAGUCUGGAUGAGAGGAUACAACCACCGGAAAAGGGGAAAUUAGAGCCUGAAGGUCAAUCUCACAGUGAUGCCCAUUCAAGCACCAGGGCAUCUCCAAGUCCAUUUCAAGAUCCAAACUCGUCCCAUAAUGGGAGUGUGGAGAACAAGCCAGACUGUUGCUGUCCUGAUGGUACCAGUGGCGCCACAGAAAGUCUUCGGGUUAAAGCCAUGAAGAAAAAUAUGUUCGCACAAAGGUCAGUCCGUUCGUUGACCGAGGAUAUUUCUAUCAUUGAGACCAAGCCAGCAAACCUGCAACAUGAAUGUCGAUCUUGGGGAUUUCCCAAACAGGCUAGCAUAUCUGAGGAAGAAAAGAAAGAUAAAGGGGGGUCAAGCAGAGACUGGCACCGCAAAUCCAAAGAGGUCGAACGCCAACAUGAAAUACCUCAUUUGCACAGAAUUCCCAAGUCAUCCAGGGAUUCGUAUAUGGUGGAGCAGGUGUUCAGUCCUCACCCAUAUCCAGCAUCUCUCAAGUCUCACAUGAAGAGCAAUCCGAUUUACACGGACAUGCGCCUGACGGAGAUGGCGGAGAUAAAACGGACCCAACCCUCAUGGACCAUAGAGGAAUACACACACAACUCAGGGGAGAAAGGCCGGAUGACCGCACUAGAUCUUCAGGCUCAAGAAUCCCUGAAUCCAAACAAUUUGGAGUUUUGGAUGGAGGACAUCUACACUCCAGGUUACGAUUCUCUGCUGAAGAGGAAAGAAGCCGAGUUCCGACGCGCCAAGGUCUGUAAGAUGGCGGCACUCAUCACGGCAGCGGCCUGCACGGUCAUUCUGGUCAUCGUUGUCCCCAUUUGCACCAUGAAGUCCUAAAUUCUUAGCAAUGACCAGAAGACCGAUGACCGAUCCUUACUUGCACCCAACCGGGCGUCCUGUUCAUGGUGACUAGGAGGAGAUCGAAGAGACGCUCCUACAUCUUCCUACAAUAUGAAGUAGUGGGGGGCGGCAACACGAUGUCACCAUAAAAGCACCACACAAACACAACGCACAUAUUACCGAUACGAUGAAGUAUGGAUUCCAGUAAGGUCUUUCCCUUUUUCUGUAUGUAACUGGAUUAGAGAAGUCCUCCUCCCUCCAGAGACCCUCUUGGACAGUCAUCACACAAUAAGGCUGACACACAUACAUGGUGGUCCCCGAAGACCUCGCGGUUCACCAAGUACUCAAAGCAAA